AUGAGGCUGUCUCAUAUUGCCUUACGGGCUGCCUUGAAUCUCGCCUAUGGCGUCCUCUCUGUAAGCGCCGAGGCGAAAAGUGUUCGAAAGGUUGCAGACAAUAGAGUUGUUGUGGACAAUAAUUUGGGCGCAGAAAAGGCCUUGGCGGCGACAAGCCCGCGCCAUGACCAGGAGAAGAAGAGUCUCAUGAAGCGAAUGAGCAAGUCCCACGGCAAGUGGGACAUCACCCACCCCCGCCACCGACUUCUCAAUACUCUGGUUGGCUUUGAACGGUACAAGGCGCGCCAGAUGGCGGAAUUGAACCGGUGGAAGGGGCUGUACAAGCAUGUGUCCAAGACUCAGAGAGCAGUUAGUGGCCAUCAUGCGGUUCCUGAAACUUCUCCCCUGGGCCAAAACGCCCGCUGGUCGUUGAUUCUUCACCAGGAGCUUACGGACCACGCUAAAGCCAAGGACGAUGCUGGCCAGCCUGCCCAUAGAGUGAGUACGUCCCAGGCUCUGAGGCACUUUGUCAGGGAUUGGUCAAGUACCGGGCGUGGCGAGCGGGAUGACGCGUUUCCUUGCAUUCUCGACACGCUGGCCACGCUUUUCCCAGAUCGCUCCGAGAAGGAAGACGUCACAGUGCUUCUCUCUUGA